AAUUUUCAUUUUUGGGUGAACUAUCCCUUUAAUGCUCUUUUUGUCAUUUUUGAAGCUUGUGAGCUUCCGUCGCAAUUCACUUUCACUGUAUGGAAAAGGACAGCGUGUCGUUUGGAAUAGCAGGAGGGAAAGAACUAAUGACAGAACGUUAAUUUCUGGGUGAACGACCCCUUUCUUUUGUGCCAUGUAGGCUACUCAACAUUGCUUAAAUUCCGCACUGACGGAAAGACAUUAAAUACAAGCCCCCAGUUUUACUGCCCCUGCCAGGUUUUUCUCAACAGCCUCUCAUUCUUGUACAGAAGAAAAGUCCAAGGUGGAGUGGAGAGAACAUUAAAAUUCCUGCUCCUCCUCUGGUACAGUAUGCCUGAUCUCAGAUCAGUGUGGGUCGUUACCAUAGCACUGCCUGACUCAGUUCGGGUCAUAUAGGUGGGCGUUCAUCUCCACUUUCAAAAUCACGGCAAUGAACAACACUGAAUGCAGUUUCUUACGUCGCCGAACAUCUGUAAGGAAUGACGCGCAGACGAUGACCUUUGCGCGACGAUACAAGAAGACACGGAGCGUCACCUGCGCGGCUGAUGCGAGUCCGAUGCGUAAAAGCGCACAAUGACAACAAAUUGCGCGCUCUGCGGUUCCGCCGCGCUUAAUCUGAAUCUGGACAUGUGAAGGGCUCUGGAUUAGGAUCUUGUCGGGGGAUGCGAAUCGCCCUCCUUUGUUCCCGCAGAUGAGGGUCUGACGUGUUCCCGGGGGAUUUUCAGUCUCGGUUCAAACCCUGAGACGCUGGCGAGUCGGUCACACACACACUUACACACACAUUCACUCAAUGCUGCUAUGACUUCCUGCAUGCGUCCAUACUGUGAUCUGAUUGCUCUUCGCAUGCUGCUGCUCAUCUCGCUGCUGCUCCUGCUCGUGAGGUCCGAUUCGGCAGAUAACCGUUGCCUGUCUGCCCUCGCCUCCACAUGUGAAGACUGUCUGAGACGCGGCCCUGAAUGCGCAUGGUGCUCUCAGGAGAGGUUUCUGGAUGGGGCGCAUGUAAGUCAGCGAUGUGGAACUGUGUCCGACCUGCGAGUCAGAGGUUGUGAAGAGGAGUUUAUCGAGAAACCAAAUGUGAAAGUGGAAGUGAAUGCCACCAUCAGCAGUUCACAGGUGGCACCGAGGGAGAUUUCCAUCCACCUACGACCAGGCAGCGAGGCGAGCUUUAUAAUUGAGGUGCAGCAGUUGGAACGGUACCCUGUGGAUCUGUACUAUCUAGUGGACGUCUCGGCGUCCAUGCAGGACAACCUGGACCGGCUGAAGACUGUGGGUCUGGCUCUUUCUCACCAGAUGAAGGAACACUCAAGCGACUUCAGAGUCGGCUUCGGGUCUUUUGUGGAUAAACCGGUGUCUCCAUACAUCGACGUCCACCCCUCUAAACUUGUGAACCCUUGCAGUGAUUAUGAGGUCCACUGCAGGCCCGCUCACGGAUUCAUCCACGUCCUUCCUGUCACGGAGAAUAUGACAGAGUUCACACGGGUCAUUCAGGAGCAGAGGAUCUCUGGGAACAUGGACACACCCGAGGGCGGCUUUGAUGCGAUGCUGCAGGCCACCGUUUGCCAGAAAGACAUCGGAUGGCGACCAGAAGCGAAGCAUCUGCUGUUGGUUAUGACAGACCAACCUUCUCAUUUGGCUUUGGACAGUAAACUGGCCGGUAUCGUGGUUCCACAUGACGGCCGCUGCCACCUAGAGGAUAAUAUCUACUCUCAAACUACUAAUAUGGAGCACCCAACAAUUGGUCAACUGGCAGAGAAACUUCUAGAGAACAACGUUUACUCCAUCUUUGCGGUGGACCAGGUGCAAUAUCAGUGGUAUGAGGAUCUACUGGACCUGAUUCCUGGAAGUUAUGUGGGCCGACUGUUUCCCAAAGCAUCUAAUCUUAAAGAUUUAGUAGUUCAUGCCUACAAGAAGCUGCUGUCAGAUGUGGAAGUGCAGAUCGAGGUGGAGGACGGCCAAGCUCAUCGGUUCUGGGUGAACGUGACAACCUUUUGCCCUGACGGAUCCUCUGUUUCUGGAAACACUAAAUGUUCCAGCGUUCAGCCUAAACAAACAGUUUUCUUCAAGAUCACGGUCGGGAUGACCUCCUGCCCGGCGGCGGGUGAAGAUCAGGAGGUUCUGAUGUCCGUGAGGCCUGUAGGAUUCAACGAGUCUGUUACCGUACGGAUCCGUCAGGUCUGUGGAUGUGGCUGCACUGAGAGGGGCCGUUGUCAUGAUGACCCGAAUCCCUGUUCCACAGAGACCGGCGCCGGCUCGACGGACAGCUGUAGACAGGACAGAAACAAACCUGUCUGCAGUGGAAGAGGAACUUGUAAAUGUGGGACGUGUGUUUGUGAUUCUAGCAGAUUGGGAAACAUCUACGGAAAGUUCUGUGAGAUGGACGACUUCUCAUGUCCAUACGAGAGAGGCCUGGUGUGUGGAGGGCACGGACGGUGUGUUUCUGGUGAAUGUGUCUGUCUUCCUGGCUGGACGGGUGAAACCUGCAGCUGUCCCGUCUCCACAGAGACCUGCGUGUCAAACGAUGGGUUAAUCUGCAGCGGUCAGGGAAAGUGUGUGUGUGGCAAAUGUGUAUGUGACGACCCGCGGCGAUCUGGAACGUUCUGUGAGAAGUGCCCCAUCUGCUACAGCUCCUGUCAGUCUCACUGGAGCUGUGUGAACUGUCACCUGUCUAAUGGACUUGGAUCAGACGGUUUCCAGCUUUGUAAUCACAGCUGCGCUCCGUCGGUGGACUAUGUGGACGACAUCACAGAGUUGGUCCGAGGGAAAUACUGCUUGUAUCCCAGCAGUGAUAAGUGUCAGUACCGCUUUCUCAUGGACUUGGCGUCAGAUCGACCUCAGCUGCACAUUAGUCGACAUCCUGUGUGUGUUUGGAGUCGCCGGUACUUAAAGACCUUCCUCAGCGCCUUCCUACUGACCGUCACGCUGGGAAUCGCCAUGUUGGCCGCGGUCCGACAGCUUCUGAGAGCCAGAAACCGCUGGUGGCAGUCAAACCCUGAACAACCGUUUGAUGACAGCCAUAAGGAUACUUCAUUCGUCCCCACAACCAAUGAGAAGACGAUAACAUACAGGAAGGACCGUCUGCCCAACCACCCAGUGGAGAUGCACACGCACAUGCCCAAGAUGCCCCUGAGUGACGUCUGGCAGUGACAAGGGUCAAAGGUCGCUCUAGAAAUGAAGCACUACCUGAAGGAAAACACAAUCUUUCUUUUUAAGCACUUACUUCACAAAAGCAAUAUCCUGUGUGGGUUUUCCGAGGGUGUUUCCUUUUCAUUCCGUUUCUAAUUUAUUAUCUUGAAUGGCAUUAACUUUCUCUUGUCCUGAAGCCACACAGGAUGAAGAUGUAAAGAAAAAGAAUUGGUACGUGAAAAUGCCAGUGAAACCCUUACUGAUGUGGUUUAGACGCGUUCACCUCAAUAGACUCGGCCAGUUACCUGUGGAGUUCUCUGGUCUGUUCAAGAUCGUCUCUCUGGUUUUUCAGUUACUGUUUGUUUGAUUGUGUCUGUAAAUGGAUGUGAGAGUGUGUUUGUGAUCUUUUUACUUGUUUUACUCUGGUUGUCAUUACACUACAGACUCUGGCUGUGUUCAGAAUUAGCAUACUGUCAUACUGCUUCUACUAUUUCUGCAGUACGCAUUCUGAAAAUACACAGAAGACUUGAUGCAUUUGAGAUUACAAAGAGUACACUGUCCCACAAUGCGAUGGGAUCGACAUUUCCAGUAUGAUGAAGGACCUGCGUUUGACGUCACUUUCUUGAAGCACUAUUUGGACUUAAUAAUUAUUGGACUACAAAAAGUCUUUUUACACUAAUUUAAAAAUGCAACAUUAUUUAUUUUCUGAAAUUACAUGCAUAUUAUACUGUGUAGCAUGCAGUAAACUGCCUGCAAAGUUGUGAGGUCAUGUGACCCUAAUGUAGCAUACUGUUUGAAUGUUUUUUGCAUGCUGCAUGUUUAACAUGCUGUUUUUAAAAUGCAAUUUUCACAGUAUGCUUUAAGCAGUAUGCCAGUAUCAGUUCUAAACAUAGUGGCUGCAUCUGAAAUCUCAUACUAUAUAUGGUAGGACGAAAAACAUGACAAGAAUAUGGGCCUGUCCAAAUACCCACACUUGUGGUCUUGGCCACUUGAGAGCACGUGCAUGCGACAGGAAGAAAGUGUGCAAGACUGUCCCAGGUCUGAAAAAUGCCAAAGCACAGUAAACCCACUCUAUCUCUAAGGCCCUGUUUACACCUGGUAUUAAAAUGCGUUUUGGUCGAUCAGAUCACAAGUGGACGACGCUAAGGGAACGGCUGAAGACCCAAGUUUUGGUUUGAAGACAAAAAACAUACCCAGCACAAUGUUCUCUCUCCAUUCCUGAUUUCUAACACUCAUUCACAGCAUUCGGCCAGUCUUGCGGCUGUCAGAGCAGAAAUGAAAGCUGCUGCUCUCCAUGUUUUUCCGUCGUCUCCGGUCGUGUUCAUAUGUAAAUUAUGCGAGCUUAUUUUGUCCAUUAGAUCGAAAAAUCUGAAAAGGUCCAUACAUUCACCCGCCCAUAGACCCUUCCCUCAAAGCAAUCAGGAAAGAAGUGGUCGCAAGUGGACAAAAGAGACGUAUUAAAACACCAGGGGUCAGAUUGACUAACAGCUUGCUCCAGCGCAAACCCUCUUUUGGCGUUAAAAAACUACUGUCAGGAUUUACUAAAGACGAGCAGUGGAAAAAUUUGCGCUGAAAAGGUAUGGACACAUUUAUUUUUGCGGCUGACCUUAUUGAAUAUGCAUUUGUAGGAGUUUCUCUUUCAGAUGCAAAAUUUAUGGGAGGAGAGUAUUUAAAUGAAUCACUCAAGGUGAUUUACUAAGGUUUGCGCUAGUCAAUUUACUGGUAUUUGCGCCAUUAUUUACUGCCCAAGAAAAGCAUGUCUUGAACCAGACACUAAUUUGCGCUGCUUUUGGUAGAUUUCGUUGAUCAUUAUGGAAAUGAUCCAGUUGCGUCUGUGUUCUUCAAUUUGCGCGUCAUCAGUAGAUCACGCACAGAACUUUCCACUCCCAUCCGCACUUUUUUGGAAUUGCGCUCUCACGCUAAUUUGCCCUGUUUAGUAAAUCUGGCCCUAGGUGUAAACGGGAAUGUGUCUCCCUCGUCUACAUGUGAUCCGAUUGAUACCAGGUGUAAACUGGGUCUAAUAGCGCUUCAGAGUGUAUCCCAUAAUUUCGCACCAUGUCUAUGAAAUCAUUCCAGUAAGUUAAAUUAAUUGCAUGUUACAUAUAAUUUGUCUGUAAAACGUAAAGUGUUGCACAUUUUAUUGGUGCAGAGACUCCAGAGAUUAUAUGUGGUUUGUAAAACUUUGAAAAUGAAGCACCACAAACACUUAGUCUCCCAUUGAGUAAACAAAUCUUAAAACACUUGCGGUCUUCAUGCCCACUUGAACACUUUGGCCAAACUCUGUCAUGUAAUUACAGGUCAACCGCAAGUGUGGGUAUUUGGACAUACCCUAUGUCCACAAAAAGAUUAGGCAAACAGUACCCUGAUUGCUUCCAGUGUGGUGAGAAAUCGAGUCCCCCCAGGAAUCAGGUCUCCUUUAGGACCCAGAGUGAUCCCAUUGGUUCAAUAGUCUUUUUAGUGCCUGAUUAUAAUUCCUGCAAAAUCACGUUAUGAUUUAUAUCAUUUAAAAUGCGUUGUUAUGAGCAUUAAUGUCUUUUAAAUUACAUGGUUCAUACACUAUGACUGAAGCUAUAGGUUGUGAAAUCAAGCAUUUCUUGUUCUUACUGUUUUUUUUAGUUAGCUUAUGUACUAGCAUAGCAUACAUCUACCUGAUUAGCCUGCUACCUUAGCUUAUAUUAUAUUAGGUAUGUGGACUCGAUUUCUCAUGGAUUGUGCAUACGAUGAAUACUUUUAUCUGCCGUGGCCUCAUGGGAUAGUAUUGACCACAUCUCCGGGUUUCUCAGAAGCGGAAGUCGUCAUAGUUGGGUAAACUUAUUUAGCGGUAAAUGAGAGACUACGUUAAAUAUAUUUUUUGUGUUCCCAUUUGCUCAAAUAGCAAAAGAAAAACUCCACAAUAGUGUUUUCACAAUUUUCGAAAAGAGAGGGAAAAUAUAGAGCGAUUAAUAAUGGCAGUCAGAAGAGAGAAUGUAAAUUUUACCGUCACUCCCGCAUCUGCUAUAUUAGAAACACCCUCACAGCAGCGUUUUUUUUUUUUUUUUUUUUUUGUAAUUUGAUGCAAAGUUAAUAUAAUACAAAAUACAGUGUUAUAAAUGUACAUAAUUUAAAAAAAAUUUUUUUUGCAGGAUUUACGAUGCUGAUGACCGUUAAAACGCGUCAUCACAGUCUGUUAAAUUUAUGAAUGGCAGUGAAGCGGCAACUGGCGAAUGUAGUAUGUCCGGAUUACAUUCAUACUACACACAUUCUUACUAUAUAGAACGUGUUUUUUUAGCAGUCGCAAAGUAAUUAGUUCUUAAAUAAGUACCUACUCAGAGUGUAUGUGAUUUCGGAUGCAGCCAGUGGUAAGGAAAGCCCUGUCCUGCUGACUGGGAUUAGUCUGCCACCUAGUGUUGAUCACACGCUAACAAAUUUGUGAGUAGCAGUGGGAUUAAAUAGUUAUUUUUGUAGAUUGUGAACGUGGCAUUCAGGUUUAUUGAAUUUGUUAAUAUUUAAGCAGAGAUUUCAGAACAGUACAUUAUUUUUUUCUGCACUAUUCCCAGCUUAAAUUAUGCUGCAUCAUUCCCUGAUAUGACUGGAGUUUGAGGAAGUUUCUUCCUACACUAGUUUACUGUAUUGAGUUAUGUGUUAAUUAUUUACCUGCUGGUCCUAUUUAUAUCUGUUGUCGUGUACUACUGAGGCUCCGUUUUGUCCUGAUUGAACGCUCGACCAACGGACCCAUAAUGCAGCGCGAAAUGGUACGUACCCUUGCGGUGACCAUAGCAUUCCUGUGGCUCUAAUAAAUUCGUGUUUACAUUGGGAGAACAUUAAGUAAAUAUUUAUUUGUAGUUGUUUUUCUUUUCUUUUUUGAUAGAAAUUAAGGCUUUGUUGAAUUUUUUUUGUGAACAGAUUCUGGUCAGAGCAAUACAUUGUUAGCAUUUCUGACUGAUCGUGUUUGUAUUUGGGUAAAUCAAACCGCACCAGCCCUUCUGUUAUGCUUUGUAGCUGAUUUCAUGAAAAAGAAUAUCAAUAAAAAUCAUAACCUAGUUCUUCA